CUGUCUACUUCCGGUUUUGAAAUUUCGACAGAUUUUCAGAAAAUUGUUUUUGUUUCUUUCAAAUAGUUAACUGCUGACAAUUUAAAUGCACUGAUGGAUGAACCCAUGGAGGAAACAUGUGAGGUUGAUUCAACUCAGCCUGACAUAGAACUUGAGCAACCCAAACUUCAGCCGACAAAUCCGUUGCUGCGUCCUGGUAGUAUGGUAAUGAUGACAAUCACAGUAGAAGACUAUGAGACAAUGUACUGGCCCAAGUUGGAACAAGCCAUAAACCAGCUGCUUACCAUGACGCCAGGACAAUAUAUUCCUAUUUCUUAUGAACAGAUGUACAGUUGUGUUUACAAGUGUGUAUGUAAGCAGUUUUCCGAGAGAUUGUACCAAGAUCUUCUAACAUAUAUGUCAAAUCAUCUAGCUUCCAUAUCACAUGAGCUGCAGAGCCUGGUUCAGUCUCCAAAUGUGUUUAUAGAAAAGUUCUCAUAUAUAUUAAACCAGUAUAUUCAAGCAUUGGGUGGAAUAGUACCAAUUUUUAAUUACAUGAACAGAUUUUAUGUUGAAACAAAAUUAAAAACAGACCUGAAUGAAGAAUUGCUGAAGUUGUUUCGGACCAAUGUUGUGGACACACAUAUUACGUUUUUAUUGUCAUUAUUAGAAGAAGCAAAUGCAAAACCAUUUACAGUGUCUCCACCUGUGAUGUCAUGUUUAAUAAAGAAUUUACAUUCUCUAAACCAAGAAUAUGCAAAAAUGAAACCACACUUAUUUUCACGCUACAUACCAAAUAUUCAUCCGCCCACACAUGUGUCAGAACUGGACAAAUAUGUUGAGGAAACAAAACUCUUACAACGGGAAAUCCAAAGUUUACCUGGCUUUGAAGGCUGUGAUAGUUCAACAUAUAGAAAGAGACCAAACGAGGAGGAUGUAAAAUAGCUGACAGUGUUUUGUUACAGUGGCUUUCAGUGAAUGGGUUACUUGUUAUACAGUGACGGGCUCGGCUACAUCAGUGGUAAUAGGCAAUCCAUCAUAACAAAUAUAGACAGCAGUUAUGUCAUAACAAUGUCACAGUGGUAACAUCAUGACAAGCUUCCGUUUUCGGCUGGUUCAGUUUUUACCAGCUUUUAUAAUGAUACAGGCUGCUUUACAUCAUUAGCUCACCUGUCACAAAGUGACAAGGUGAGCUUUUGUGAUCGUGCGGUGUCCGUCGUCCGUCCGUCCGUGCGUCCGUCCGUCCGUAAACUUUUGCUUGUGACCACUCUAGAGGUCACAUUUUUCAUGGGAUCUUUAUGAAAGUUGGUCAGAAUGUUCAUCUUGAUGAUAUCCAGGUCAAGUUCGAAACUGGGUCACGUGCCAUCAAAAACUAGGUCAGUAGGUCUAAAAAUAGAAAAUCAUUGUGACCUCUCUAGAGGCCAUAUAUUUCACAAGAUCUUCAUGAAAAUUGGUCAGAAUGUUCACCUUGAUGAUAUCUAGGUCAAGUUCGAAACUGGGUCACGUUCCAUCCAAAACUAGGUCAGUAGGUCUAAAAAUAGAAAAACCUUGUGACCUCUCUAGAGGCCAUAUAUUUCACAAGAUCUUCAUGAAAAUUGGUCAGAAUGUUCACCUUGAUGAUAUCUAGGUCAAGUUCGAAACUGGGUCAUGUGCCGUCAAAAACUAGGUCAGUAGGUCAAAUAUUAGAAAAACCUUGUGACCUCUCUAAAGGCCAUAUUUUUCAUUGGAUCUGUAUGAAAGUUGGUCUGAAUGUUCAUCUUGAUGAUAUCUAGGUCAAGUUCGAAACUGGGUCAUGUGUGAUCAAAAACUAGGUCAGUAGGUCUAAAAAUAGAAAAACCUUGUGACCUCUCUAGAGGCCAUAUAUUUCAUGAGAUCUUCAUGAAAAUUGGUCAGAAUGUUCAUCUUGAUGGUAUCAAGGUCAAGUUCGAAAGUGGGUCACGUGCCGUCAAAAACUAGGUCAGUAGGUCAAAUAAUAGAAAACCUUGUGACCUCUCUAGAGGCCAUAUAUUUCACAAGAUCUUCAUGAAAAUUGGUCAGAAUGUUCAUCUUGAUGAUAUCUAGGUCAAGUUCGAAACUGGGUCACGUUCCUUCAAAAACUAGGUCAGUAGGUCUAAAAAUAGAAAAACCUUGUGACCUCUCUAGAGGCCAAAUAUUUCACAAGAUCUUCAUGAAAAUUGGUCAGAAUGUUCACCUGAUGAUAUCUAGGUCAAGUUCGAAACUGGGUCACGUGCCGAUAAAAACUAGGUCAGUAGGUCAAAUAAUAGAAAAACCUUAUGAACUCUCUAAAGGCCAUAUUUUUCAUGGGAUCUGUAUGAAAGUUGCUCAGAAUGUUCAUCUUGAUGAUAUCUAGGUCAAGUUCGAAACUGGGUCACCUGCGGUCAAAAACUAGGUCAGUAGGGCUAAAAAUAGAAAAACCUUGUGACCACUCUAGAGGCCAUAUAUUUCAUGAGAUCUUCUUGAAAAUUGGUCAGAAUGUUCAUCUUGAUGAUAUCUAGGUCAAGUUUGAAACUGGGUCACGUGCCAUCAAAAACUAGGUCAGUAGGUCAAAUAAUAGAAAAAACCUUGUGACCUCUCUAGAGGCCAUAUUUUUCAUGGGAUCUGUAUGAAAGUUGGUCAGAAUGUUCACCUUGAUGAUAUCUAGGUCAAGUUCGAAAGUGGGUCACAUGCCAUCAAAAACUAGGUCAGUAGGUCAAAUAAUAGAAAGACCUUAUGACCUCUCUAAAGGCCAUAUUUUUCAUGGGAUCUAUAUGAAAAUUGGUCUGAAUGUUCAUCUUGAUGAUAUCUAGGUCAAGUUCGAAACAGGGUCAUGUGCGGUCAAAACUAGGUCAGUAGGUCUAAAAAUAGAAAAACCUUGUGACCUCUCUAGAGGCCAUACUUGUGAAUGGAUCUCCCUAAAAAUUGGUCAGAAUGUUCAUCUUGAUGAUAUCUAGGUCAAGUUUGAAACUGGGUCAUGUGCCGUAAAAAACUAGGUCAGUAGGUCAAAUAAUAGAAAAACCUUGUGACCUCUCUAGAGGCCAUACUUUUCAUGGGAUCUGUAUGAAAGUUGGUCUGAAUGUUCAUCUUUAUGAUAUGUAGGUCAAAUUUGAAACUGGGUCAACUGCUAUCAAAAACUAGGUCAGUAAGUCUAAAAUUAUUAAAAUCUUUUGACCUCUCUAGAGGCCAUAUUCUUCAAUGGAUCUUCAUGAAAAUUGAUCUGAAUAUUCACCUUGAUGAUAUCUAGGUCAGUUUCAAAACUGGGUCACGUGCGGUCAAAAACUAGGCCAGUAGGUAUAAAAAUAGAAAAACCUUGUGACCUCUCUAGAGGCCAUAUUUUUCAUGAGAUCUUCAUGAAAAUUAGUGAGAAUGUUCACCUUGAUGAUAUCUAUAUAAAGUUCAAAACAGGGUCACGUACCUUCGAAAACUAGGUCAAUAGGUCAAAUAAUAGAAAAACCUUGUGACCUCUCUAGAGACCAUAUUUUUCAAUGGAUCUUCAUGAAAAUUGGUCAGAAUUUUUAUCUUGAUAAUAUCUAGGUCAAGUUCAAAACUGGGUCACAUGAGCUCAAAAACUAGGUCACUAUGUCAAAUAAUAGAAAAAAGGCUGUCAUACUCAAAACUGGGUCAUGUGGGAAGAGGUGAGCGAUUCAGGACCAUCAUGGUCCUCUUGUUGUUAGUUGCUAUAUCAUCCUAACAGACUGGUUGCGUUUUUAAACACACCUGAAAUGGGACAUCUUAUGAAAACACCUGCAGUGGCAUCCAUAGAAACCCACAAUGUUUAUGGGCAUAUAAUGUCAACCCAUUUCGAUAACCAGCUGGAUUCUCCAAGUCGCUAUGGAGUUACGACCCAUUUACUACUAAAAAAUCUCAGAAUAUGAUAAUUUGAGCAGUUCUUACCUAAUAUUCACCAAACUUUGUCACAGUGUUCAUGGGCAUAACUUGUCAACCAGUUAUAUAACAAGCUGGAUCCUCCAGUCUCUAUGUAGUUAUGGCCUUUGAACUACUCACAAUUGUGAAAAUUGACAGUUUCCACCCACCAACUUGAGCAAUUCUUAUCCAAUGAAACCAAACUGGGUAACUGUUCAUGGCCAUAAUAUCUUGUCCAAGUAUGAGAACUGUCUGGAUUGUUCUGUUGGCUGUGGAGUUACAGCCCUUGAAUUAUUAAAAGAAAUAAAAUUGACAGUGUCCACUGUUUAACUUCAGUAGUUCUUACCCAGUGUUCCCUUAGUUUUGGUCUCAAUGUCUAGGGGUGUAAUAACUCAGACAAGUUUGAUAACCAGCUGAAUGGUCCCAGUCACUCAUGUUUUAUGACCCUUUACCCCUUGAAUUACUUGCAAUUUCAAAAAUUUACAAUGUGCUCUUAAUAACUUAAGCAGUUCUUAUCCAAUGUUUGCCAAACUUUAAAUGUUUAUGAGCAUAUUAUCUUCGCGAGGUUUCAUAACCACCUGGAUAGUCUCUGCCACACUGGAGUUAUGGCCCUUGAAUUAGUUGAAAUUGACAAAAUGGACAAUUGGUCUAAGACUCUGCUCAAUAAGUAAAUUCCAAAAGUAGUUUGCUGCUACCAGGAUAUAUUGUGACAGUUUGGCUCUAUUAUCACUAAAACGCAUUUUGUUUAAGAUGGGUUAUUUCAGAACUGGUAACAUUGAAACAAUUUUCUGUAUCAGGGCAAGCCUCUGGUUUAAUAGGCAAUGUUUUCAGUGCAUAAAGCUCAUGUUUUGGGAUAUGGGACAACAGCCAAAUCAGAAAAGUGUUUCCUUCUGCAGUGGCAUAAAUAUUGUGAUAGUUUCUGUUGGUUUUAGGGGAAUCUGACCUAUAUUUGUGGUUACAUUACCAGCUGGUAUAUAAAUAAAGACUUGGUAGACCAGUCUGUAACUAUGUGCAUCAUUACUUUAGUGUCAAUAUUUUUACAGACUUGCUAUGUCUUAAAGAUAUAUUAUUCUGAAAUUUUAUAUUUAAGAAUAUGAAAAUCUAUAUAAAUAUAGAAUAAACAUGUUUAUAUGAAUAAAGAGUACACUCAGUAUGUUUGGUUUAAAAUACUACACAUGUAUACGUUAAUGCAGUAUGAAUAUGUAAUCUAAAAAGUGUUUUAGAAAAUAGCUGUUACUAGAUAACAUUUAAUUAUGGUUGUAGCACUACAUGUGCAGUGAUAUAGUUAUCCCAGUUAAAUAUAGGGACUAUAUUUUCUAGGAUUUUCUAGAUUUAUAAUAACCCUUAUCAUGCUGGACAAGAUUGAUUCUGCCUUUGCAACCAGUGUAGAUCAUGAUCAGCCUGCACGUCCAUGCAGUCUGAUCAUGAUCUGCACUGUUUGGCAUUCAGUCAGUAUCUUUUUGGUAAGCACCCCUUUAAACAGUUAAUUGUACUGUCCAAACUGAAAGGUGGACAAGUUCAUUAUAGAAAUUUAGCAGGCUAAGGGUUAAUAUCUUAUGAAAUAUGCGAGCAUAGUAUAUCUUUAACUGAUAUGCACAUUGUUAACAUUACUGUUUGAGAUAUUGUUAUACACUGGUUUUUAUCACUACCAUCUUGUAAAUUGUUAUAAUUGCUUAUAUGAGCCGUGCCAUGGGAAAACCAACAUAGUGGGUGUGCGACCAGCAUGGAUCCAGACCAGACUGCGCAUCCGCGCAGUCUGGUCAGGAUCCAUGCUGUUCGCUUUUAAAGCCUAAUGAAAUUGGAGACACUGUUAGCGAACAGCAUGGAUCCUGACCAGACUGCGCGGAUGCGCUGGCUGGUCUGGAUCCAUGCUGGUCGCAAACCCACUAUGUUGGUUUUCUCAUGGCACGGCUCAUAUCAUGUUUUAUUGGUUGAAAACCAUGUAUGCCAACAUUAGCUGGAGGAUUAGGAUGGUUCGGCUACUUCAUUUUAUCAGUAUGAAACUUGUUAUCAUAGGAGAAAGUGAUACUUAAUUAAGGGAGAGUCAUACUGACUUUGUCUUAUCUGUUUGCCUGCUUAGCUGUGACAAAGUGAAUUUAUGCUACUGCCUUUCUGGCACUCCAAACUCGAGAUUUUUAAAAAGAAUUCUUUAAUUUUCUUGCCGUAUGUGCUUAUAAGACACAUCCCUCUUGUUGACCUGGAAAUAUGACCCAAAGAAAUGGGUUUUAUAAACAAAAAAAAGAUGGUAGUUAAGAUUCUUACAAACAGAUCAGUAUUUUGGUGUUUUACUACUAAAUGUGUCUGGUGUUGGGUUCAGCUGAUUAUUUCUCAUAGUUACUUUCUGAACUUAAAAGUAAACUAAGUCCUAAGUUUCUUUUACAGCAAAAGUACGGUUGAAUCUACCAAUUAAUAAAUGGUCAUCUCUUUUAAGCAGCCACUUGCCUUAACCCUUCAAGCUGGAAACAGUGGAUUCAGCGUUUGUGACCAGUGCAGAUCAUGAUAACCUGGCACAUCCGUGCAGUCUGAUCAAGAUCUUCACUGUUCGCCAUUCAGUCAGUAUCUGUUUGGUAAGCACCCCUUUUAACAGUUAAUGGUAUUGUCCAAAUUGAAAGAUGGACAAGUUCAUUACAGAAAUUUAGCAGGGUAUGGGUUAAGCUGUCAUUCAGCUAUCUUCCCAGAUUGUCAUUCUGUUCUAAUUUCAACUUGUCUUAAGCAGCCACUUGCCUUAAACAGUGAGAGUAGCUUGUUCACUUGGCUGGCUGAGUAACACAUGUUUGACUGUAUAAAUUUUAAGGAGAAUCUAAGAAAUUCAAACUUUGAAAAUAGACAGAACCAAGCCUUUGAUCUGCAUUUUGUAGCUUAUUCAUUCUUUAUGGUGGGUGUAUUCUUCUACUUUAAAAUUAAAAUGCUUGAACUUGUGUUGUCAAUAACUCAAGUGUCUUAUUGGGGCAUCAGAAGGUUUUUCAUUGCAGAAUUUAUAACGUCUCAUGAACAGACUCAGUCAAACCGAGUCUGCUAUUAUUUUGCCUGUUUGCAAUCUUUGCUUCCAAAGGAUCUUUUUACAGAUUUUGUUGUUACCUUCCAUUGUAGUGUUGAAAGAUGGAUGAUGCCUGCACUUAAUAGCUAAUUGAAAAGGAAACUUUCAUAUCUCGGACAUAAUAUAUAUAGGUGAAGUUAAACAUUGAAAAUCAACAGUUGGUUUUGAUGUUUAUGGUGUUUUAUUUAUGUUAUUGUAUGAAAUGUGGGCACUAAAUUUUUUAUGCUUUUUUUAUGGGACAGAUAUGUAUGUUCAGUUGUCUGGUGCCAUUUAAUGUUAAGUUCGCAAAACAAUUUACCUAUAAACUUCAACCUAUUUAUCAUAUUUUAUAGCACUUUGCAUAUUUAUACUUUUUUUUGUCAGUAUAAUUCAUUUUUCAGCCGUAACAACUGUAAUUAAAUAAUGUACAAAGGUAUGUGUGUAAAAAUCAGUGUUGGUAUUUCAAAUCAUCCAAUGUCAGUGAUAAACUGAAAAAAAUUUCUAAAACUUAAAUUAUUUUUAUUAAUUUGCAGCAUUUCAAUGCAAAGUGUAUGUAUAGUGUAAAGUUCAUAUAGUUUUUAAAACUACUACUGUCUUUGAUAUUAAGCAGAAGUCGCAAAAAGUGACACAAGGGUAUACAACAAGAAAGUAUAUUUCAUGAACUAUCUGUAACACUUUAAUAGGUAUGAUUAUCAUUAAUUUAAGCACAUGUUACAAUGCUAUAAGGUAAGACAGUUGUAAAAAAGGAUUGGAAAUUCAUUAAGUUUAUGGGAAAAUUGUUCAGUGAAGUUUAAAAUAUUUUGGUUUUUGACUGUAUUAACAUGUUUAUUAUAUAUUCAUGUAUUUGGUUUAUUUCAUCUUGCUGAAAAAGUGCUAUGAUGCAAGAACAGUUGUUUAUUAUUUCUCUGUUACAAUGUAUAUUGCAUUAAAUUACUUCAAUGUGCAUUUUUGUACAUAUUAUAUAUGAAUUGAAAUAAAGUAUAAGAAUGCUA